AUGGCAUCGAAACCUUCAGCUUCCGCAUUAGCUGAUGGCAGCUUGCCAGUAUCCCUGGAUAGCUUCAGACUAUCCUCCGAGGCUUGGAGUAUACUCGCCGCGUUGUUGGCAGCGGUCCUAGCAUACAAGAUCUGGACCGAUCACAAGUUCAAGUUACCACCUCUCAUCAACCCACCGAAAUCGUUUGACCUCAGCGGAGCAGCUGUCAAGAAGGACUUUGUUCAAAGAAGCAAUGAGCUCAUUCAAGAAGGGUUGAAGGCGUUUGGGGGAGAGCCUUACAGCGUGAUGUCCGACACCGGCCGCGUGAUUAUGCUGGCUCCGAAGCAUGUCGACGAGAUUCGAAACGACCCGAAGCUGAGCUUUCUGAAGAACACAGAGCAUGAUUUCCACGCUUACCUCCCUGGUUUCGAACCGUUCGGAGCGGGCAAUGCGAUCCAGAUUCUCAUCAUGGUCGCCAAGAAGCAGCUCACCAAGUUUCUGGUCCUUGGCGACUCGACAGAAUGGCACGAGGUCGGCUUGGGUCAUACCAUUCUCAACGUAGUCUCCCGCCUCUCGUCCCGCGUCUUCCUCGGUCCCGAAAUCUGCCGCAACGAGGCUUGGCUCAACAUCACCGUCAUGUACGUCGUGGACUCUUUCAUCGCGGCCGAAAGACUUCGCAUCGUUCCAAAGCCUCUCCGACGCAUCGUCCACUGGUUCCUUCCAGAGUGCCAGCGCGUCAGAAGUCACGUCGCCCAGACCCGCACUAUCAUCCAGCCAGUAAUCGAUGCCCGAGCACGCGAGAAGCGCAUCGCGGCCGAAGAGGGACGUCCGAUUCCAACAUACGACGAUGCGAUUCAGUGGGGCGAGGAGGAGUCCGCGAGGUCGAAGUACGACCCGGCGAUCUACCAGCUGGCGAUGGCCGGUGCAGCGAUACAUACCACGACCGAUCUCAUGACGCAGCUGAUUUUGAACAUCCUUCCGAGACCUGAGUUGUUGGCUGCGCUGCGGUCUGAGAUGAUUGAGGUUCUCGGGAAGGAGGGUUGGGCGAAGACGUCGCUUUACAACCUCAAGCUCAUGGACAGCGUGAUGAAGGAGACCCAGCGAAUGAAGCCAAUCCAGUCAAUUUCCAUGGGCCGCAUCGCCGACGCCGACGUCUACCUAUCCGACGGAACUGUUAUCCCCAAAGGCAUGAAGGUCGCUGUUGCCAAUACCUCGAGACACGACCCCACUAUCUACGAGAGUCCUCUCGAGUUUGAUGGCUACCGCUUUCUCCGUAUGCGACAAACAGCUGGAAAGGAAAACCAGGCGCACUUCGUUACAACGAGUCCAGACUCUCUUGGCUUUGGCCACGGACAGCAUGCCUGCCCGGGACGUUUCUUUGCCGCGAACGAGGUCAAGAUUGCCAUGUGCCACUUGCUUCUGAAGUAUGAUCUUGAGCUGGUGCCCGGGUCCGAUUCCUCGGUGCAGGUGCACGGCUUCAGUCUGAACUCGAAUAGAGGGGCGAAGAUUAGAGUGAGACGGAGGAAGGAGGAGAUCAACCUGGAGAGCCUGUGA